UAGAUCCCUCUCCCUCUCCGGAGGAUCCAGAAGGAGGAGCUGAGCUUUUCCAUCUCACAGUCACAGAAGUCUAACCUCCACCCUGGGGUGCUGUCCUGUGUCAGGAUGAAGGUGUGCUUGCAGGUCACUUCCCACCUCUAGGACAGGUACACUGCAGUUUGCUAUGGGAUGGACCAGGAAGAGGAGAACAAAUGCGUAUCCCAGCUUCAAGAGGUAUUUAACAGCUGUGACACCACAGGGACUGGGUACUUGGACAAAGAAGAGCUGACCGAACUGUGUCACAAACUACACCUAGACGCGCACUUACCCCUGCUCCUCCAGACUCUCCUGGGAAAUGAUGUCUUUGCAAGGGUUAAUUUUGAUGAGUUUAAGGAAGGCUUUGUGGCUGUCCUGUCUUCUACAAUUGACAUCAGCAUUUCAGAAGAUGAAAGUAGUUACAUGGAACCAGUUAUUCCAGAUGAAGUGAAACCAAAGUUUGUUAAAGGUUCUAAGAGGUAUGGUCGACGCACACAACCAGAACUCGAGGCUGCUGAAAACGAGACCAAUAAGUAUAUAAAGGAGCAGAACCAUGUGAAAAGCAAGAGGAAAAGUCAGCUGAGGAGGUCAUCAUCCCUGGAGAGCGUGGAGAGCCUGAAAUCUGAUGAAGAAGCUGGGAUAGCCAAAGAAUCACAGAAUGACUUUGAAGGUCAAGGUCAGCUGGGGGUGUGGGACUCGGAGUUCCUUGUCCAUUCUGGAAGACAUACGAAUAGGUGCUUUGAAAUGACAGAACACCAGGUACGGGCGAUCUGGGAGCAGCUUGGCGUUGGCCACAAUGGUUACCUCAACCAGCUGGAGCUUGCAACCGUGUGUAAGAACAUUGGACUCGAAGACCUCACUAAGGAGGACAUUGAAGACUUGUUCAACAAGCUAGACCAGGAUGGGGAUGGCAAAGUUAGCUUUGAGGAGUUCCAUUUGGGCUUGUGCAGCCAUGCUCCCCUGCCUAUCUCCUCCACACCCCUGAGGCAAAAACGACCAUUGACAUUUUGUCAGCCUACGGAAGAUGGUAGUCGCAGGACAGCCACACCAUCUCUGCUGUCCAAUAUUGGAGGCAUCCAUCUUUUCUCCAGUACUGAUGAUGGAACUGGGUUUGGAAAUCCUGAGCAGAUUGUUAUCAUCUGGGAGGAAGAAGGAAUAGAAGACAGUAAAGAUAUUUUAAUGAGCCUUGAUUUUAAUCUGGAAGAGCAGGUCAACCUUCUGGACCUCACAACUGCCUUAGACAACGAGUUAAUUGCCACAAAAAACCCAAUCCACCUGGCAGCCCUGGCAUCUUAUAAGCAUGAGCUACAGUACCAACAUGGCCAGAUUGAUCAAGUGACCAAAGAGCGAGACAAAAUUAAGCAGGACCUGGAGAAGGCAGAGAAGCGGAACCUGCAGCUGGCAGAGGAGGUGGACGAUCACAACAGUGUCAUGGAACAGCUGAACGAAAGCAAAAUCAGGGACCUGGAGCAGGAAUACAGACAGAAACUAACAACAAUUCGUUCCGAGCUGGAGAAAGAGAGGGAUCAGGUCCUGCAGAACACCGACCAGGAAAUGACCAAGAUGGAGGCUGACUUGGCCAAAUAUCAGACGGAGGAGGCCUUUCUGAGAGAUAAGCUGAACUUGUCAAUAAAGGAGAAUAGCAGAUUACAAAAGGAAAUGAACGAAAUUGUCGGAAAACUAUCUGAGUCUGAGAGCCAGGUAGUACAGCUACAGGCCACGGUAGAACACAUUCAAAAAGAAAAGGGAGUGGCAUAUUCUCAUGGUCCAGAUCUGUUGAUUCAGGAGGAGAGAUUUGCAGAGAUUAUCAAGGAAUAUGAAGUCCAGUGCAGAGAACUGCGUGAUCGUAACGACGAACUCCUAAUUCAGCUGGAAACACUGCGCUCACAGUACAGCGAAACUAAAUAUUCACGUCUUUUGGCCAAAAUGAAGGAUAACAAACUCCUGCAUCAUAAGGCAAAAGAGAAAAUCAAUCUCAACAAUGGUUCUGCUGGAAAAAAGUCCCUGUCUACCAAACUAAGGAGAAGUUCAUCAGCUGCCGGGGUAAAUGUGACUGUUGAAUCUGAGUCUAGUCCAAUGAAUAUGGAAACAGAACUGACAAAGCACCAGCUAAAAGAACAACAGCAAGAAAUCCAGGAUCUCAAAAUCCAACUGGAAACCAAGGUCAAUUAUUAUGAGAGGGAGGUUGCAUUGAUGAAAUCUAAUUUUGAGAAAGAGAGAAGGGACACGGAGCAGAGCUUCAAGAUAGAGAUCAGUGAGCUGGAGGAACAGAAGGCUGACCUUGAGGAACUAAAUGCAAAAUACCAGGAGGUCAUCGAUGGCAUGAAAGAGCAGCUCCAAAAAUCUGCUCACAUCCAGGACAUGGAGAAGAGGUUUGAAAAAGAGAGAGCUGAAAUGGAACAGUAUUACGCCAAAGAAAUCUCUACACUGGGCAAAAGGCUCACCAGUGAGAAAGAUCAGCUAGAGGAAGAGCUAAAGAGAGCCCACCAGCAUGAACUACAGGCAAUGAGGGGUCAGGCAGAAGAACAACUGAAACAGAGGUUGGCAGAAAUUGAAGCUCAGUAUGCUGAAUAUUGCCAAAGCAUAGUGCAGCAGCACCACUGCGAAAAGGAGGAGACCCUGCGCAAACACGAAGAGGAUAAAAAGGCACUGAGACGAGAACACGUCAUGGAGAGAUCUCAGUGGGAAGAGAGAGAGAGGGCUUUAAUGGUGCGCUGGAAAAAAGAGCAGCUUAAGCUAGAAGAGAAGCACAAUGAGGAACAGGCGCUUAUCUGUAAAACCUUUGCCGUGGAGAAGGAACAGAUUGAAGACCAGUACAGAACACGCAUUCAUCAGCUGAACGAGGAAAUUCAGAGCUUGCACGUAGGUUUUAUGGAACACAAAAGGUGUCCAUGCACCGUAGGCAAGCAUGAACUGUUGAACAGGCAUUCUGAUGUUUUAGAAGAAAGCCUGAUCGGUCUAAACCAGCAGCCAUUUUCAGUGUCUGGGUUUUAUAUGGGGACAGGUGAGGCCAACGUUUGUAAAAUAGACCAAGAUGAAAUAAAUACGCCUAAAAUGGUUGGCACAGGCAGUUUGGUAGAAAAUAAAGAUGAGCUUGUACAGAUGGAAAUUAAACAGAUCAAAUCCCAGCAUCUUCAGUACCAGCAGCUUUUAUGCUCUUUGAAGGCAGCAGAAGAAAGGGAAGCUUUGUUAGAAAAGGCAGAAACAAAUGCUUUGAUAAAGAUUGAAGAGAUGGAGAAGGUAGUAUCUUCUCUAAGAGCGCAGCUGCAGGAUGAAACAAAGGGUAAAAAGGUGCUUCUGGGAGAACAGAAUCGGCUAGAAGAGGAAAGAGAUCUAUUAGUAAGCCAAGUGAAAGCUAAAGAGGAAGAAUGUCUUCUGCCCAAGGAAAAGGAAAAAGAGCUUCUGUCUAAAAUACAAGAAAGUAAUGACACUGUUGAAAAACUACGUUCAAGCCUCCAAGAGCUUAUAAGCGAUAAGGAAGAACUCCAAAAACAGGUUGCAGGUUUGCCAGGCCUGGUUGAAGAACUUGAACAGAAGAAGGCAACCAUGGCUCAGAUGGAACAGGCUUGCAAACAGUCAAGUGAGCUACAAAAUGUGUGCCUAUCUCUACAAGAUGUAGAGGAAACACACCUGGUGGAGGAACUUAUUAAUCGAAAUGUGCUGCUGUCUCAGGAGGUGAGAAAGAAGGAAGAGGAGAUAAGCAUCCUCCAGAGUGAAAUCAGAGAAGCAUCUGGCAAACUCCAGCAGAUGGAAGAAGAGGCAACUAACAAGGUCCAAUAUGCCAUGGAAGAGCUAGAGAAGGAGAAAAGCUAUACAAGAGACAAACUUUUCAAGCUAGAAGACUUAGUGCGGGAAAUAGAAACCAGCGCAAGUCUGGAUAACAGGAUGGAGCUGUGCCGACUCUCUGAGGACAACAGCUUAUUGAGGAAAAAACUAGAACCAUUGCAGCAAAAAGUGUCUGACUUGGAAGAACUAAAUACAAUGACCAGGAUACAAGUAGAAGAAUUAAAGAGAGAGAAAGAGAAGCUGCACAGUGAUACACAAGAGCUGACCAAGCAGAAUGAGCAAUACCAGGAUGAGCUGUCUCAAUUGAGUACGCAAAGUCUGCAGCUGAAUGGCACCCUGUCGGAUCUGAAAGCGCAGAACGUGGAUAAGGAGGAGACCAUCCAACAGCUAAACAUCCAACUGCAGGAGGUGGAGCAGCGGCAUAAAGAGGCGGCUGCCACCAUAGAACAAAUGCAGGAAGCACUCAAUGGUUUAGAGCAAGAGCGGCUGCAGAGACUUGGAGCAUGGCAGAGCGAGAGACAACACCUAGAACAGGAGCUUCACAUGGCCAAAGCUGAGAACGAGAAGUACCGGGAUGAGCUGUCUCAGCUGAAUGGAACCCUGUCUCAUCUGAGUGCCCAGAAUUUGGGUAAAGAGGAGGCCAUCCAGAGGCUAAAUAGCGAAGUUCGGGUAAAGACCCAGCAGCAGAAAGAAGUGGCUGCCACCACAGAACAACUACGGGAAAUGCUCAGUGCUUUGGAGGAAGAGAAGCUGCAGAGACUCACGGCAUGGCAAAACGAGAGACAAAACCUGGAACAGGAGCUGCGUGUGGCCAAAGCGGAGAGUGAGAAAUAUAGCGCUGAGCUGUCUCAAUUGAAUACACAGUCUCUCCAGCUUAACGGCUCCCUGUCUGAUUUGAGCGCCCAGAAUGUGGGUAAGGAGGAGACCAUCCGGUCGCUAAACGCCCAACUAAAGGAGGUGGCGCGGCAGCAGCAAGAAGCGACUGCAACCAUAGAUCAGCUGCGGGAAGCGCUCAGUGCUUUGGAGGAAGAGAAGCUGCAGAGACUCACAGCGUGGCAAAGCGAAAGACGGCAGCUAGAACAGGAGCUGGACAUUUCAAAAGAAAAGCUCUUGGCUAUGGGGGCUCUUCAGCAAGAUGUUUCAUCACUAAAGCAAGCAAAGCAGGCUCUGGAAGAGGAAUGUCAACGAGUGACCAAAGAACUUAAAGAAAGCGCACACAAGGUAAUAGAAAUAACGGAAGUGGAGUCUGACUUGAAACGCGCACUUGGUGAAUGUCAGGACCUGAGGAGAAUCCAAGCCCAGCUCAGAGAGGCACUGGAUGACUCCCAGGACAAGGUUCUUGAAGCCAAUACGAAGCUAAUGCUUGCGCAGUCCCAGCACAUGAGAGAGGUCCAGCAAUUGAAAGAACAAGUCAGUGCUUCUGUGCCAAAGGACCAGCUGUCUCAGACACAGAACAGAUUGUUGGAAGAACAGCAAAUAGUCCAGCAGAUGCAGGAGAAGCUGAGAUUCCAUGCUGAGCAGGCAAACAGGCAACUGGCCAUGCAGCAGGAAGCCCAUGAGAAGCUUUUGAGAAAGAUGGAAGAUCGGAUGGAAAAUGUUGAAAUGAACUUAAAGAACGUGCGGAUGAUUCUUCAAGACAAGGUCAACCAGCUAAAGGAGCAGCUGGAAAAAAAUGCAAAAUCGGAUCUGCUGUUGAAGGAUCUCUAUGUAGAGAAUGCACAUCUGAUGAAGGCUCUUCAAGUUACUGAGGAGAGGCAGAAGAGUGCAGAAAAGAAAAACUACCUCCUAGUAGAAAAGAUUGCGGCUCUCAACAACGCCAUUAGGAAAAUCACACCAGCAUCCUUGGGUGUUUGACAUUUGCACCAGGAUUUUUCCUUAAUGUUGCACUACGGACUAGAAAAUGGAUGAAAAUAGGAGCAGAGAUGUAAUGAAAUCUUAAUCUGUGCAGCCAGUUAUGAGAGUGAAUAUUUUUAUAUUUUUAUUUUUUUUUAAUUCACGUGCCCGGUUUGGAUCUUCUCCUCUUUGGAUCAGCCACCUGAAAUGUUUUAAUACCGAGUAAAAUCGGUAUAUGGAAACUUAACAUGCACCAAUGGCUGUCGUGCAGCUUGAUAUACGGAAUCUCUGAUGUACACGUUGUCAGAGAACGAUCUUAUCCCUUCUCCCACCAAUAAAAAUUAUUUUAUAUUUUUUUUUUGGAAGCAUGAAAUUGGUUUCUAACAAUUACUGUCAGGUUUUAUCUUAAGAAUUUGAUAUUUUGUAGACAGAUAUAGUUUUCCUGUUCAAAUAUAUUGCUGAAAUUGUCUCUGUUUUGUAGAUAAUCCGGUUCUUAUUGUGUCUCUGAAUUCUCCAGAAUCGGUUAAUGACGAUUAGAACGUUAGUGUUGAAUAUAGUGAAAAGGCUCUUAAAAAUAAGCAAUUUUGGUUCUUAGAUUGUGAAGUGGAUUUAUCACCAUGGCAGCACUGUUCUGGUGAGUGUGCCAUUUCAUCACUAUGGAGGGAAGACCACUUUUCAAACAUUGUACCAUG